AUGAGUGUCUUUUUCGCGCCUCGAGGUUUAAAAUGUAAUUUAAAACAACAACUCCCAGCAAAUAGUGACUUAACAAAUGAACAACUUUUAUUACUACAUAAUAUAUUUGGUGAUUUAAUCAUGAAAGCAUUAUUGAUUAUUGAAUGCGGUUCAAUAACUAUCGAACGAUCCAAAUCAUCUCAGCAUCAAUUAUUUCGAGUAGAAUCAGGUUCUGGUUCGGUUAGUUACUGUUCAAAUUACACACGUUAUUGUCGUUGUUUUAAUACAGUACAGAAGUAUAUUAAUCCUUUAUAUGAAUUAUGGUGUGAACAUAAUCUUGCUAUAUUUCUAGCUGAAAUUAUGGGCAAAACAAAAGUGGUUUAUCUAAAUGAUGAUAUAGUUUGUCGAUCUUUAGAAAUGUUAUAUAGCAAAGAUAUCAUUAGUACUAAUGCUUCCGUUGUUGAAAGUUCCAGUUAA